UCCUCCACUCACAUGGCCGAAAGUGAUUCGCUCGCCGCGGCUGUCAGUCGCGCCCCAUCCAGCGCCGCUUCCUGUGCCAGCCGCUCCGCUCUGUGCGCACUCAGGCUCCGGCAUGGACACACGCUCGCUCCGCAACUUUCCACCGGAGCUCUCCCCGCUGCCGCUGCGCGCCUGACACCGAAGCCCUCCUCCUCCUCCCCGCCGCCCGGACAUGGACCUGUGAGCGGAAGCCAGCGAACCCCCCCGAGCUCCACGCCGCCGUUUUUCGAACCCUGCGCUCGUGUGUGUGUGUCUGUCUGUGUGCGUGUGUGUGUGUCUGUGUUUUUCUCUCUUUCCCGUGUUGUUGGAGUUACCGGAGGGGGAACACGGAGGGGGAAAAAUGCCCGUUGCAACUCUCCUGCCUUUCACCGCGACCCCGAGCAGGAAGUCCGCCAGUCCGACCUCCUUCAGGCUGACGGAGAAGUUCAUCUUGUUGCUGGUGUUCAGCGCCUUUAUCACCCUCUGCUUCGGGGCCAUUUUCUUCCUGCCGGACUCGUCCAAGCUGCUCAGCGGAGUUUUCUUCCACUCCUCCGCGGUGGAGACCAACACCCGCACCGGCCCGGACAGCAGCGACUCGGGCUCGGCCGGCAGCGACGUCCGGGUCCUGGCCAAGAUCAAGAAGGACCACGAGAAGGCUCUGCUGGAGGCCAAGGAUACUCUCCAGAAGAGACCCGACGAGAUCCAGCAGGACAUCAUCAACGACAAGGAGAAACUUUCCAGGGACAGAGGGGCGAAGGACGGCAACCGUUUACCCGUCGUGGAGUACCACCGCCCGCCGGGGGCGACCGGGCACGAACCCCUGGACCCGGAGACCAGGGACCGGCGGGCCAAAGUCAAAGAGAUGAUGAAGCAUGCAUGGGACAGCUACAGGCACUACGCCUGGGGUUCCAAUGAGCUCAGGCCCGUCUCCAAGCAAGGCCACUCGAGCAAUCUAUUUGGAAGUAUAAAAGGAGCGACCAUCGUGGACGCUCUGGAUACGCUCUACAUCAUGGAAAUGUUUGAUGAAUUUGACGCCGCCACCGAGUGGGUGGAGAAGAACCUCGACUUCAACGUGAACGCAGAGGUGUCUGUGUUUGAGGUGAACAUCCGGUUUGUGGGAGGUCUGCUGUCCGCCUACUACCUGUCUGGGAAAGAGGUUUUCCGUAGAAAGGCGGUGGAGCUGGGUGAAAAGCUGCUGCCAGCCUUCAAAACGCCGACUGGCAUCCCCUGGGCUCUGCUCAACCUCAAGAGUGGUAUAGGUAGGAACUGGCCGUGGGCGUCUGGCGGCAGCAGCAUCCUGGCCGAGUACGGAACCCUGCACCUGGAGUUCAUGCACCUCGGCCAGCUCUCUGGGAAUCCUGAGUUUGCUCAGAAGGUAAUGAACAUCCGGAAGGUCCUCAACCGCCUGGACAAACCUCAGGGGCUGUACCCCAACUACCUGAACCCCAACAGUGGCCAGUGGGGCCAACAUCAUGUGUCUGUGGGUGGCCUUGGCGACAGUUUCUAUGAGUACCUGCUCAAGGCCUGGCUGAUGUCAGACAAGACAGAUGAGGAAGGCAAGAAGAUGUACUACGAUGCCCUGCAGGCGAUAGAGACCAACCUGAUGAGGAAGUCCAGCGGCGGCCUGACCUACAUAGCGGAGUGGAAGGGGGGGCUCCUGGAGCACAAGAUGGGUCACCUGACCUGCUUCGCGGGCGGCAUGAUGGCGCUGGGAGCUGACGGGGCGCCCAGCGACAAGACGGGCCACCAGAUGGAGCAGGCCGCCGAGAUCGCCCGCACGUGUCACGAGUCGUACGUCAGGACGGCCCUGAAGCUGGGUCCAGAGGCGUUUCGCUUCGACGGCGGGGUCGAGGCCAUCGCCACCCGCCAGAACGAGAAGUACUUCAUCCUCCGCCCCGAGGUCAUCGAGACGUACAUGUACAUGUGGAGGUUCACCCACGACCCCAAGUACAGGGAGUGGGGCUGGGAGGCCGUUCAGGCCCUGGAGAAGCACUGUCGGUUGGAAGGAGGCUACAGCGGCGUCAGGGACGUCUACGCGUCGUCUCCGAACCACGACGACGUCCAGCAGAGUUUCUACUUGGCAGAGACGCUGAAGUAUCUCUACCUGCUCUUCUCUGAGGACGACCACCUCCCGUUCGACCACUGGGUCUUCAACACCGAGGCUCACCCGCUGCCCGUCAUCCGGAAGGACAAAACAGAAAUACCCAACGAGGUGGAGUAGUGGACCGUCCUGCGCUGAUGACAUCACCCCCCCACCCCCCCCAAAAAAAAAACCCACGUGCGAGAACCUCUGAUGCUGAAAACCUGAGCCUCCAGCUGGAGUCACCCACUGACGCCUCUCGAUCGGAUUUCACUUUUUUUAUUUUUUAAACGGGAUCUAAACUGAAUUCAAGUCGCGUCGGAGCUGAGUUCUCGCUGUCGAGUCCAGUUUUUGUUGUUGUUGUUUUUGUUUUUCUUGAUUUUGAGCUCUGACGCGGACGCUGACGGACGCGCUUCCUGUCGGGUGGCGUGCUGACUUGAGUCCCGUCGUCCCGGGACGAGUUUGAAAACGACAAUGUGGUAAAUGACAGGAGGACGCAGCGAUUCCCUCGGACUGUUGGUGUUUAGUUUUUAAUAUUCUCUGAUUAUCAAACUGGUAUUUUCUGAAUUAGAUUUUUUUCAUUUAUGACCAAUUUUCACAUUCUGCUUCAGUCAUCGUGUCGUUUAUCGUGGAGGAGAAAAGUGACAGGACGUGAACCAGUCGUCACAGUGGACACGUGGACCCUGGUUUUUUUGGGGGAAUCGAACCCAGUUAGACUUGGUUGACUCAGCGAGCCACAGGAAGCUGCGUUCACUUCCCAUCGUCUUUUUUUUUUUUUUUUCCUGUCUGCUGAACGGCUUCCAUCUCUGAAGAGGAACCAACGCCGUCACCGCCAAUCGACUUCCAGAGGAACCUUAGUUUUUUUCUAAACA